AUGCCUCGAUUUCUCCCCAACCGCUCCUCUUUCACCACCCACUCCACCAUCCGCCUCCUCUGGGAAUCCCUCAACCUCCCUCUCUCAGCCCUCUCAUCCAUAUCUCUCCAGCCAGAAAGCCCUCCAAACGACCGCUUCCUUCCAUCCUCCUACAAACUCGACCACCUCGCCCAGGCCUGCAUCGCCCUGCCCACGCUGGCCGCCGCACUCCUCCACUCUGCCCGUUCCCACACACAAAAUAGCUCCUCCAGCAGUAACAUUAAUGUCGAUAGCAGCAAUAAAGUGCCCACCGUAACCAUCUCCGCGCGCGCCGCCGCCCUCUCCUUUGUCUCCGAACGUGUGUACACUCUAUCAUCCCGCCCGCCACCGUCGUCAUGGGGUGCUAUCUCCGGGCUAUACCGCGCCCGCGACGGGGGCUAUGUGAGGAUCCAUGGCUCGUUCGUCAACCAUCGGCGUGCCUUGGCGAGCAUACUAGGUGUGCCUGUAUCUGAUAGCGGGGAAGUGAACCGCGAAGACGUUGCGAGGGCGAUCGGGGACCGGUGGGAUGCUGAGGAGCUGGAGAGGGUGGCGUUAGGCGGGGAUGCGGUGGUGGUCAAGCUGAGGGGACCCGGGGAGGAGUGGGAAGGGUGGCCGGUGAGCGAGAAGGUUGUCGGCGUCAAGAGGUAUGCGGUCCCUGAAGAGGGGGAAGGGGCAGAUUUGGAGAUUAGAGGUCAUUUUGGGAGAUAUACGGGCUCCUCCGUUGGUUGUGGAAGGAGGCCGUUGCAGGGACUGCGGGUGCUGGAAUUGAGCCGGGUGAUCGCUGCUCCUGUCGCGGGACGCACGCUGGCUGCUCUCGGUGCUGAUGUGCUGUGGGUUACGGCGCCGCAUCUGCCAGAUCUACCAGCUCUGGAUAUCGAUCUGGGUCGGGGCAAAAGGAGUAUCCAGCUAGAUUUCCGUCGGGAAGAGGAUAGGCUGAAGCUCCUCGACCUCGUCCGUGAUGCAGACGUGUUCCUUCAGAGCUAUCGACCGGGCAGCCUGGAGAAAUACGGCCUGGGACCGAAAGACCUCGCUGCCGUGAACCCGGGAAUCGUAUACGCAAAUCUGUCAGCCUACGCGGAACCCAACGACGAACUCAACCAGAAUAACCCCUGGGCGACGUUCAGAGGGUUCGACUCCCUGGUGCAGACCUGUUCGGGCAUGAACGUCUCCGAGGCAGAGCACUUCGCCGCUGCUUCGACCUCACCCGGCGAAAAGAAUGUCCCCAGUGUGCCUGCGCGGGUGCUUCCCUGCCAGGCUCUCGAUCACGGAGCAGGAUAUCUCUUUGCCUCGGGCAUUCUCGCCGCUAUAUACCACCGGGAUUUUGUCCCCGACGGAUUUGGUGCGUACAAGGUUGACGCUUCUCUUGCCGGCGUCAUGAAGUAUCUCCAGUCCCUUGGACAGUACGACGGCGCGUCGGGAUUCCAAGUAGCAGACCCAGUGCCGCAGCAGUAUCCUCUGGGGCCAAAACAAGGACAGAAGACUGGCUGGGCUGAGGAUCUGUGGGAGACCAAGCAGAGUGGCUUUGGUGACCUAAGAGCCGUGAAGUAUCCCGGCUCAAUCGACGGCUGCGAGGUAGGCUGGGAUGUGAUGCCGAAGAAACUAGGCAGCGAUGAGCCGGAAUGGCUAGAUUAA